CCCGAGACACCGGACGGCGCGCGCAGUCCGUGUUCUGUUUCUCCUCCCGCAGUCGGACAGACGCAGUGCACGACACCACACAAACCGGGCACCGGGACACAAGAGCGCAGUGAUAGACACUGAACUACAAAAACAUGAGGUUGUCGCUAUGUCAAAGAAAUGGAAUAACAUUUAAACUUAAAAAGAAAUCGUGAAGAUUUUCUUUCUGGGUGGAGCUCUUUGUUAGGUAUCUUUCCCCCCAUUUGGGAUUCGCUGAUAGGGCGACCAGCUCUAGAAAAUGAAAUCUCAUGAGGGAGAACUGGAGAGGGAGAUCUCGAAGGUUCAGGGCAUGGUGUGUGAGUUGCGGGCAGGGUUUUCUCGUGCACUGCUGGAGCUGAAUCAGAUUCAGCAGGGAGACACUGAGCUGCAGAGCCAGCUGGAGGACACAAGACAUGGCUGCAACAAGCGCUCCCUUCACCUAGAGAGUCUGGUGCUGUCCCUCAAGGAGGAGCUGGAGGAGGUACGUUGUCAGUUUCGUCAACUUGGCGAGGCACAAGAAAGAAAGGCACCAGAGAAUCCAGGAAGAGAGAAUAAUGGAGUGGAUGACCGUAGUGGACAGAGUAAUGGUGCUGCAGAGGCUCCUCCCCUUUCAUCUGUGGGUGGAGAUUUCCUCAUACACUGUUACCUGCAGGGAUUACAGGUGUGGCAAUGGGCCAGACAGAAUUCAGGUGAAGAUUCUCUUUCCUGCCAUGUAACACACAGCUGCCUACGGCGGGGCAGGAGGCGGGGUGUGGUGGAGAUGCUGUUACAGUCUGAACGCGAUUAUGUGUCUAGUUUGAAUCAGCUCUAUGAGAAAUACAAAUCUGCUGAGCAAAAUGUGGCGCUUGUAAAGCAUAUCGAUCAGAUGCUACAGCACCACCUGCUGUUCCGUAACACCCUAGAAGAACGACUGACCACCGAUGAGAGAAGCUGUGCUGCCGGGGAUGCUUUCCUCAACCUUACUGGACAGAACAAUGUAAUGCCAUUGACUACUAAAAUAAUCAUAUGUAGUCCCAUAAUGUCUCCCCUCAGAAAUGGCCGUAAGCAUAUAUGUGAUCUGACCCCUGGUGGCUGGACUGCAGAGUACAUGUGGAAUGGCAGCGCAGGGAAGAGCCCCAUCUGCGCACCCUUCGCUCGUCAUCCUAGAGAAGCCGGCCGCUUUCCGAAUCCUGUGCCACCUGUAGGUGUCGAGGGAAACCUCACUGCUGCUGCCAAGAGUCAGAGCUCCUCGGCUGGUCUGGCCGUGCGUGUGUGUGGGUCUCCAGGGCUCGACGGACGCAUAUACACAUCUGACCAGUACCCUCUGUCACAUCGCCUCGAUGAUGGGGACACAGAAUGCGACGUGGCUGAUGCAUCCGUUUUUGACUUCUCUUCUGUAACGACCUGUAGCCCAGAUGAAACUCUGAAUCAGCUCAGGGGAGCGGAAGCAGGUGAUGAUGAGGAUGAUGAUGAAGAGGACAGUGAGGUUCCAGUUCUCCUCAAACCUUCAUACACUCACAAUGCUUCAGCCAUGCAGGCAGGGGGAAGCUUAUGUAUGCAAUGGCAGAUUCCCAGACGGGCCCCUAUUCCUGCUGAGGUUUGGAUUGGGGCGCAAGGAAAAACACGUGCCCCAAAACCACACAGAAUGCCCACCAGUGCCUUCCGGCCGAUUUGGGACCCGACUUAUUCACAGGGUGAUGCGACUCCUGCAAAAGAGAACGCUGUGUCUUUCAGCUCAACCAAUCAGAUCAUUAAUCAGCAGCAAGAGACUGACCAAUCACGAUCUGCAUAUAGAGGAACUGGAGUCCAGCGGGCUGAAGCAGUGUGGCAUGACAGUGAGGACAGUGAAGGACCCUGCAGUACAGUCUGACACACUCCUAUGCCAGCAAACAAUUAAUAUUACGCACUGGUGCAACUAAUCAUACACAGGGAACUUCUCUGCUUCAUCCAAUUAAAUGACUGGAAUCGUUUUUUUUUUUAAAUCUGAGAUUACAAAUGAUGACUUAUUCUCACUGUGUAUUGACAUGAAGCACCAGCACCCUCAGCACAGCUAAAUUCAACAAAAGUCUCCCAGCAUGAUUUGAUCUGUCAGAGAGAAAUAAACACUUUGAUGUAACAGAAUGCACAUAAACAGAGGAAUAAAAACGUUCAGUAGAAAAUAAGACUGCGAGUUUAUUAAUGAGUCUCAUGGAGAACAUGGUACAAAAGCAGUUACAGGCUUUGAAUGCACACGCACAGACACACACACACACACACACACACACACACACACACAAACAGUGAGUUUUUAGGAAUUACUAACACUUCAAAUCAACUGACCAAUCAUCUCUGUGGGAGUGGCCAGCAUGAGAUUCUACACAUACAGGAUGUGACAUCACUACAAAACACUGCAGUCCCUCUAUGGCUGAUCGCCUCGGAGACCACUUCCGUGGUCGAUUGGAUAGGAAUUGCUCUGGUGAUGAAGCCCUUCCUGUAUGGACCUUGUUUGGUUGAUGGAGCGGACCUGAAUGAGAGCAGGAGGCGUGAUUUACAAUAGAAUACAAUACAACAUUCUGACCGUAGCGUGGUGUCUGAAAGUUCAUGAGUUUUGGGAAACUGCCCGAUGGUUGUCCUGACCAGCCCAGAGGACGGGGGUUAGCAGGACAGAGUCAUAAGGUCACAGGAUUGUGAGUUUGAGUCCUCUGCUUCUCUGUAACAGUACUGCCCUAAAGUGCAAAAAAGGCUCACCGCACACUAUUAAGACACACAAACUAGACACUGGUCCACACCAAACACUCUACAACAGUGUGUGAAUCCGGUGGGUCUCAGACUGAGAUUGUCAGUAGAUACAUCAGCAUCUGGGCCGCCACGGCGCUGAGGUGAGGGCAGAUAUGUCACUCUGUACAGAAUACUUGGGAGCACAAAUGGACGUGUUGUCUAGACAUUUGUUCUAAGCAUGGUCAAGGCGAAUGCUUUCAGACACUUAAUUUUUGUUCAGUACUGAUAUUGAAGGCACAUUAAGAGUCUGGUGCAGAAAUCACGGGUCGUAAGCAUCGGAAGAGGGGUGGGGCUUGUGAUGAAUCAACGAAUAGAUGAGUAUGCCUUUGAGGGGAGGGGUUAAGACAUCAUAUUGGCUUUAAAUAGUGUAAGGAAAAAGCUCUCAUCAAAACUUCAAGAGUUCACCUGAAGGGUACAAUCUCUGGUCAAGGUCACGGCGAUGAGUUAAAGGCAACCAAAGAGAAGCGUGCUGAGGGUGUUUGGGUUGAACCCUGGUUGACCUUUGAACUGCAACCAAAUAAACAUCCUCAACAGAGUCUGACGGUGGUGAAAGGCCUCAGAGCAGCAUUUCCAUCAGUGAAUCUGCUGUCGAUGAGCACAUGACCUUGCGUAGUUCUGCAUGCUGAACGUCACGUGACGGAUGUGAAAAAUGAGGGAUAAUAACAUUCCUCAAGAGCUAUGAGCGUCUUCAGGUUUUUAUUAGCAUCAGAUUGUCUGGUUCCAGGUUAAAAGUUGUUAAAACACAUACACACACACACACACUAUAUUUUAGGGUGUGAUGCUCUUAUUCGUUGCUGUCCCUGGUGUCAACUAGAGAAAAAGUGUGUAUGGAUGGCUGUGAGAGAGUGUGUGUGGAUUUAGAGAGUUCUCUUUUGUAAGUCUUAGGUGGCAGUUUUGGCAGCGCAGGGGUGGAGUUGUGCCGAGGUGGUAUAGGAGGGGCUGGAGUGGGCGGGGGCAGGUGGACCAGCAUGGGUUGACUGACGCUGUGCGUGCAGGGGCGCCGAGGCACGCGUGGAGAAGGCGUGCCGGGAGGCGGAGCACGUGGUGAGGGAGUCCCAGGAGGGG